UCCAAAUGACCCCCACGAUCCAUGAACUUAUCUUCAUGCAGGACUCAGUGGUUUCUCUUAUGUUGGAGUGAGAUCCUCCACUUCCUGCUUGCUUUGGUUAGUGGUGUCUGUCUUGACGCAGCUUCAGCAGGUAUGAACCAUGAGUCCAAUAAGUCAUCAUCAUUAGGAAUGAUCUCCACGGCUACUGUCAGUCCCCUCAGCCCACUAACCAAUGGGAACGCAGCUGCCCAGUCUGCAAACUCCGGAUUUGCUGCUGCCCUGCGUAAACUGGCCAAACAGGCCGAGGAUCCCAGAGGUUCUGUUCUCAGCGGUGAGUCGUCUCCAGUCUCUUCUCCGGCCACUAGUCACAGCUCGCCGGUCUCCACCCCUAAGCGGGGCUCAUUAGGGCCCCUCCUGGGCCAGACAAGGGGCCACGGUAUCCCCAGCACCCCUCCAGUAGUCACUAUUGCUCCCACCAAGACCAGCAACGGCCUGUGGAGGGCCGAAGGACGACAGGUAAGAGAUUACGUUGAGACGGGUAUUCAGGGACUCAGGGAGAGGGUGGGUGCUGAGAACACCCAGCCACUGCAGGAUAAGAGGACUCCACCCAUCCCUUCAUCUCACCCUCUAGCUCACCCCUUUGGACUAACCCCCAGCUCCAUCAUGCAAGACCCCAGAAUACAGAGCCUUAAUUUGCCUGGGCAGAUGCAUCCUCUGGUUCCCUCGGGCGCUGUCCCAGAGGAAUACCUUAGAGCACUCCGGCCCUUUGCCACAUCAGAUGAUCUCCGAUUGACCUCUCUACCCCUGAGUCUCGACCCUACAGCUGCCGCCCAUGCUGCCGCUGCUGCUGCUGCUGCCUACUAUCAUCCUGCCUACCUGCACCACUCACUGUCCUUACCAAGGAUAGAGGAGCCCCUGUGUCUUUCCGCGCUGAGGUCACAGUUCUACUCUGUGCCUGCAGGGGGCACCUUCCCUCCUCUCCACCCUUCUGCCCUCCACUUGCACCUGUCUGGAAGCCGCUACCCUGGGGAACUGAACCACACAGUACUGGCUGAGAGGCUACAGAUGGAGAACGAGCUCCGCCAGCGAGAGAGAGAGCAAGAGCGAGAGCGAGAGAAAGAGAGGGAGCGCGAGGCAGGGCUGGAGCGAGAGAGGGAGAGAGAGCGGGAGGACGAAAGGGAGAGAGAGCGGGAGAGAGAGCUGGACAGACAGAAGGAGAGGCAGAGAGAGAGACAGCAGCAGAUGGUCAGAGCAGUGGAGAGCCACUACCUGGCUGAGCUGCAGGCUCGAAGGGCACCACCAGAGGACAGGGUCAGGCCAGGGGAGAGGCUGAUCCCAAACAGACUGGACAAACCCAAGGAUUCAGAGCAUCCAGGUUUCCCAGCACCUAAGCCUCUGCUCCUGCAGCCUGGCCUUCACUCCUCCAGGGCCUCUAUCCCACACCCGGUGCCCAGCCUGGUACCUUCUCACCUGGGGAAGCAUCAUGCUGCUGCUGCUGCUGCCACUGCUGGGGGGAUCCAUGGAGCUCUGGCAGCGACCAUAAUGACUCAGAGGACAGGCGACGAGGCAUGGUUAACACGACAACGAGGGCAAGGGCAGGACAGGGAGGGUCCACUGGAACUGGGCCUCAGUUCACCUGGGAAAGGAAUGGAGCCAAGGAGAGACAGCCACAGAACCGGUUCAGUCCAUCAUAACCUAGGCAGUAAGGAUGUACCCCCGCCUCUUGGUGCUCCACCUCCCCUUAUCUCUCCAAAAGGUCCCCACCAUCCUCCUGCUCCUCCAACUACACUGUGGAACCCAGCUUCCCUAGUUGACCCGCCGACAGAUUCCCGUCGAAAAUUAAACCCUCCUACUCCACCAAGUCGCCCACCUCCAGGACUGACUCGCGCUGACAGACCCCUGCUGAGCUGGGGGGAGAAGCUGGAAGAAGGAGGCAGAAGGAGGGUAGAAGGCCCAGAGAGGCACCCUUCACUGAGGGGAACUAGCUUACAGGAGCCCUGGAACAAGGCUGAGCAGGACAGAGCCAUCCAGAGCUUCUACCACCGGCAUCUCAUCAGUAACCUCCAACAGAAGUCCUGCGUGCCUCUGUCUAUCCCUAGUACCUGCACUGACCUUGGAGGGCAGUGCCAGGCAGACUCACCAUCUCCGGUGAGGGAGCGACAGAGUCAGGCACCCAACAGCGUGCUGGUGUAUGACGAGGUUCUCCAACAGCACCGCCAGCUGCUCAGCAAGCUUGACCUGGAGGAGAAGAGGAGGAGGGAGGCCAGAGAUGGAGGUUAUUAUUAUGACCUGGACGAGUCAUAUGAUGAGAGCGACGAGGAGGAGGUGAAGGCCCAUUUGAGGAGAGUGACACAACAGCCCCCACUCAAACUAGACACAUCUUUUGAGAAAGUGGACUUUCUGCACUUGUGUGGUCUCACAACGCUGGCCCAUCAUGAUGAAUUUGUGGCGCAGAAGAGGAGGAAGAGGAGGCGGAUGAUGAGAGAGCGCAGCCUCUCUCCACCGGCCAUACAGGGCAAGAGAAAGGCCUCUUCACCUUCAACGCCUACAGCUCCCUUAAGUACUCCAUACUCUGCUGAGCAGAUGGACAGCACCCCCGAACUGAAGGAGAAGAAAGACUUCCUUCACAUGUUCAACCUGUCCCAUGUCAGCCCGCAGCAGAGGAGAGAUAAAGAGAGAACAGAGGAGCUGCUGAGGGCUAUUCAGAGGAAGAAUGUGACAUUAAACACUCUCAGAUAUAAUCCUUUGCCUUUUUGUAGCAGUCCGCCUGCUGCCUCAGCUGGUGACUCCUCCUCAGGCCUUCUGCCUUGUCAGUCAAAUGGACAUCUGAAUACAGACACUCCCAGCCCCUCCCGGCCUUACUUACACAAACAUAAGCAUUUCCAUAAUGACGCAUUCAAAGCCUCCAUGGACUCCCAGGUGGUGCACAUCCCUCCAUCUUUGGCUACCCAUCAUGAAAAGGCUGAAUUUGCGGCAGCUCAGCCAAACAGGAAGCCCCAGGGCCUCCAGAACGGUGCUCAGGAAAAGGAGCCUAGUCCAGUGCAGAAUGGACGGAAUUGGUCCUGGGAGAGGUUCACACCUGAGGCCUUUGCUCAGCAUUUCCAUCAGGCCGUGCUGCAGACCACACACAACACACUGCAGAAUAAAGGCAUCUCAAAUUGUGUCCCUGAGGCUAGCAUGAAAGCCGACCGCUCGCUGCCCCACAACAUCUCUCACCUGAAAAGCUCAAGCCUUAAUCAUGCCCCUCAGCGUAGGCACAUAAACGGCCAUCACUUCAUUUCCCCUGUAGCCAGUCGGGACACUGCAGCCCCACAGGAAAACCUGUCUGAUGAGGAUGAUGAAGAAUCUGGUCAAGAGGAGGAGAACGAGGAGGAUGAGGUGUCAGAGGAAACGCCGAGGAAGUGGCAGGGUAUUGAAGCUAUUUUUGAGGCCUACCAGGAGCAUGUGGAUGAAUGGAGUAUGGAGAGGCAGGUUCUUCACAGUCACUGUAAAAUACUUGAAGCACAGAACUAUAAUCUGACCAGAACUGCAGAGCAGCUCUCUCUCACUAUGGGGGAGCUGGUGAGUCAGAGGCAGAAAGUGAGAGAAGAGAGAGAGAGACUGCAGGCCCAGCUUGAGCACUUCAGGAGGUGUUUGACACUCCCUAACAUCCACUGGGGACGGGGGCAAAUCAACGUGCACACGCCGAGGUGACCUCUCACACCGACUCCAUGACAGACACACUUCUGAUACAGUGAAGGAACAAUAACAAGAACAGGACAAAGUGGCGCCAGACCGCUGUCUGCACUUGAAGCACAUGCAGGAGCCAGUCCAACUGAUUCAGUUGAUUACCUGCCAUGUUUGCCACGGUAACAUCAAUCCAUGGUGAUCAUAUAGUCUGGGCAUUCUCUCUCUCUCUCUCUCUCAUUCUGCCUGUCGACUGUAACAACACUGUGUAGGUGAAACAGCAUCGUUGUAACGCUAAACACUCCCACUAGUCCCUGACUUGGCUUUAAGGACUUUCUACUGUUUGACUCAUAUCAAUUUCUGACUGUGCUGAUCCACAGUAAUGUGAUUUAUCACUUGGCACAAAUCUGUAGCCUCUCUGGACUGAAACAAGAAAGUCCAAGUGUUGUGUGCAGAGGUCACUUGGUUAGAGCUCAGAGGAUGAAAAUCAAAUCAAGGAAUCAAAGCACACCUCAGGCCUUAAACUUGAUAGGAUGCACUUGAAAUGGAACUGGAGGAAAUACUUGACCGUCCUCUGUGUGGUAUAAUGUUGUAGUGUCUUACUGAAUACUGUGUCUGACAGAUGAAGCAGUUUGUGUGUUGGUAAAAGUUUUAAAGAUGAUCGGAAGCAUCUAAGAUACUAUCUAUAUAAUGGCAAAUGAUAUUGAUCAAGUUUUUUGAGGUUUAAUAACAUUUUUCGUUGGCAAUGUCAGUUGUGAUAGAUGAAGAAUUUUAUAUGUUUUAUAGUUUUAACCAUUUCUUGUGGAAAGCCAUAAGUUUUGUUUGAAUUACUGCUGGUCAGAAUAAAAAUGUUUAGAAAAUGAAGGAAGUCAUGACAGCUGUAUUUGAAAAAUAUUAUGUGAUGUCAUAAUGUUUGCGAGUGGGCAAAGGUGAAAUGGCGAUAGAAGACACUGUGGCAAAUGUUAGUCUUUGUCUUGGAGCAUCGUCAUGUUGUCCUGACCACUGUUCAGCUGGUUCAUCCCAGAGUUUGUGUACAUGACAAAACUUGAAGAGGAAAAAUGGUUUUUGAAGGUAUUUUGCAAAAUUCUACAUAUGUUGACAGAUAAUUGGAAUCACUUGAGUGAGACGACCUACCUGGAGGUGAUAUUUUUAUCUUAUUAUUUUGAGAAAAUAAGUUUAAAUACCUUUGUUAAUGAAAUGUAAAAGCCAAAUUAUUAUUAUUUAAUUCCAUUUCAAGACUAUCUCAAAACUCAUUAAACAAUAUCUUUUCUCUUGAUGCUCUUUGAGUACUUGGAACUAAUUUUAUGGAUGAGGUAAACACCAGAAGGAUGCUACGAUUCUGUGGUCUUUGAAUGACAUUUAUGUUUAUUAUAAAUCUUUGUCAAAAAUGAUAAAUCAGUGUCAAAAAUGCAUCAUUUCUGCCUCUUCACCUUUAAAUAUUGAAAUUCCAGGAACCCUUUUCUACAAGCACUGCAGUAGCAAUCUUCCCUAAUCACAUGACCUCCCUGCACCACAUGUUCAGUUGUUCUUCCAUCAGUUGUUAUGUAAUGUAUUAUUAGGGCUGUAUAAUUUCAAUGAAUUAUUUAUUCAAUGUAUAUUG